AUGGCGAUACCGAACCUCCAAGUGAAUAAAAUGCGGGAGCGAUGUUCAGGCUGCUGUCGCAACGAAGACGGCAGCUGCAGAUGGGGAUUGAUCUUGAUCUUUCUAGCUUUGGCUCUAGUAGUGAUUGCCGCGAUCAUAGUUUUGUCGCUUAUUGUGACGAAGGGCAACAGCACAUUCUUCUACCGGAACGUCACCGUAGUUCGCAGCAAUGUUGUGUCCUCUGAUCCCAUCUGCGAGCGUCUUGCAAGGGAGACCUUGGCUCUUGGAGGGAAUUCGAUCGAUGCUGCCGUGGCUGGAGCGUUCUGCCUGUCUGUUGUGCAGCCCCAAAGCGCGGGACUCGGAGGAGGCUUGAUACUAAUGCACUUUAAAGAAGACGCGUAUUUCCUCGAUGCCCUGGACGAAGCUCCUAGUUCCAUGCAGCAAGAUUCAAAGGUUUGAAUGAGAAAUAAACUCCCCCUUCAAGGCCAAGCCUCGAUAUUCCAGGUCGCCGUACCUGGCUUCCUGCGCGGUCUCGGCGUCGGGCAUCAAGAAUUCGGUGGUCAGCUGGGUUUUUGCAGUUUAAUUCUGCCGGCGAUCCUCCUCGCGAGCAACGGCUUCCCAGUUUCGAAGAAGCUCGCGUCCGAUCUUCGGGAGCACGAAGCCCGGCUCUCACCAGAGCUGAAACAAUAUUUCACGAAUUCGGAUACGGGACGACUGUAUCGUGAGGAGGAAACCAUGAAGAUGGAAAGCUACGCUCUUCUGCUACGUUACAUCUGCACUCUCGGAGACAAAGAUUUCUACUCUGGCCAUGUCGCUGAAAAAAUUCUGAGAGACAUGAAGGAACGAAACGUCACGGUAUCGAAAGAAGAUCUCAGGAGCUACGAGCCUCUGAUCCACCGGCCGGGAUCCCUCGAAAUUCCGUCUUCCGCGAACACCUACGAACUCGUGUACUCGGCGAACCCGGGGAGCGGGGGCGAGGCUGUCGCGCUCGCGGUAGCGAUUCUCGCCGAAGUAUAUCGAGUUCAAGACUCCAAAAAUCAGGCAGAUACCUACCAUGCGACGGUGGAGGCCCUGAAAUUCGCGUUCGCGCGAAGAUCCCUCCUGAACGGCACCGUGAAAGGGAACUCCCCCGUCGCGACUCCUGUCCGAUCCCUUGUGCAAUCCGCGGCGAUGCGGGUCCUCAAGGAGGCACACAAAACCUACAAUUACCCGGUCAAUUACGGAACGAGAGUGUUCCUCCCGAAAGAAUUGGAGUCUAAUACAGCCUCGAUUGCCGUUGUCGACACCAACGGCGAUGUGACAAUUGCAAUGAUGAGCCUCACUUCAGCCUUUGGCAGUGGAAUACUCCUUGACAGAACUGCUAUAAUCAUGAACGACGCCUUGACCCGUUUUUCCGAAGCCGGAGCACACGACGAAAUGGGAUCGCAAUCCGCUCCGACCAACGCCUAUGCGCCGAAGCGGCGACCUGUCAGCGCUAUGGCUCCGCUGCUAGUGUUGACCAAGGAGAACGCACACAAAGAAGUCAUCAUGACCCUUACGGCUAACAAUGGAGGCAACCAGAUGAUAUCCACAACUGCUCAGGUUUUGUCGAACAUUCUGUUGCGAGGAUAUAAUGUCAGUGAGGCAUUCACUCUCCCGAGGAUUCACCAUCAACUGUCACCGAACAUCGUUUUCACCGACACCAGACCGCCGCUGCCCGACGAAGUUUCGCAGCAACUGUCCAGUUUCGGACAUGUGCUCCAAGAAGAAGCGCUGAGAUCUGAAAUUAAUGCUCUCAAGAUCUACCCACAAGCUGACAAUAGUGAACGAUAUGUAAUUGACGCCAUCAAAGAAGGAGAAUAG